AUGGCCGCUCCAUUUCGCGUCAAAGCUCUGUUCGAGUACACUUCGCCUCAUGAUGAUGACCUCAACUUCUCCAUCGGCCAGGUCAUAACCGUUACCGACGAGGAAGACGUUGAGUGGUACGGUGGCGAAUACGUCGAUGACAACGGAGUCAAGCAGGAAGGCAUUUUCCCUCGCAACUUUGUCGAAAAGUUUGAGCCUACGCCACCACCCCGUCCUACGCGGACACGAACAAAAAAGGCCGACGAUGCCCCAACUCAGCAGCAACAGCCCGAGCCAGCGCAGCCAACGCCGACGCCGGCAGCCGUCGCCUCCCCAUCCAGCGCAGUAGCGACUACUCCUAUUUCUAAGGACGAGCCCGAGCCCGAACCCGAGCCCGCAGUAGAACAGCCAAAGUUAUCCGAGCCAAGGUCGCCAUCGGUGCCGGCUCCUGUUCCUGCGCCCGCGGCCGCUGCUGUACUACCAAAGGCUUCUCCGGCGAAUACCGAGCAGUCUACCAAGCCUGCUCCACGCGAGGUGCAGGCAGCAGUUCCAGCCCCAGCACCCAAGUCAAAGCCAUCCGGGCCUCCGCCCGUCUCCGAAAAGCCGAUCAGCAGCUCAUUCAAAGACCGUAUUGCUGCUUUCAACAAACCCGCGGCAGCGCCCGUUGCACCGUUCAAGCCUACUGGCCUCGGUGGCUCAAGCUUUAUAAAGAAGCCAUUUGUGCCACCACCUCCCAGCCGCGACGCCUAUGUUCCCAUCCCGCGCGAGCAGGCGACUCAGAAGAUUUACCGCAGGUCCGAAGACCCUGAAAUCAGAGAGCAGGAAGCCCAGAAUCAGGAACACGCUGAAAAAGCAGGCCUGUUACCUAACGAAGUCAAACAAGAUAUUGGAGAUGAAGAAGAAGACCAGCCCAAGCCAACCAGCUUGAAGGAGCGCAUCGCUUUGCUCGCCAAGCAGCAACAGGAGCAGGCCCAGCGACACGCAGAUGCCGCCGCCAAAAAGGAGAAGCCCAAGAAACCGGCCAAGAAGAAACCAGAUGUACCAGCUGGCGAGCCCGCGGAGGAUGUUGCCGAGGCCGAUCUCGCACCACUCGAAAGACGCGAUACUGAAACGACAAUUGGCCGCACUUCCCUUGAAGAGCAGGCACCAGCCCAACUUCCCCAACCACCAAGACGCAAGGUUUCUCGAGGCCCCGCUGCCGAAUUUCCGCGCGAUGGAAACGAGGCGGAUAUGUCUGGAGCUGGUGACACUACCGAGGGCCAAGAUGAUACAUCGGAGCGCGAUGAUGAUGAUGAUGAAUCUAAACGCCGGGCCACGGAUGCUGCCCCCACUUCUCCAACCAUGAGCCGCGCUCCCACGGCUAGAGAUGAUCGACACGCCGUCGGGGAACCACAGGGCGAGGAGAAACAAGAGGAGGGGCCAGAGGAAGAGCAAGAGGAGGAGGAUGAUGUGGAUCCCGAAGUGCGAAGAAAAGAAGAGCUCCGGGCGAGAAUGGCUAAAAUGAGUGGUGGCAUGGGCUUUCAUGGCAUGUUUGGAGCUCCAAUGCCUCCUGUUGGCGGCCUGCCCAAACGAAGCAAGCCUGAGAAGGCGCCCAAGGAAGAUAUAGAGAGUCAUGCAGAUGACGCGCAUCGCUCCGCGCCCCCAGUACCAGCUCCCACGGCGCUGCCCGGCCUGGGAGGACUAAGCAAAUCGCAGGAGCGCGAGCAUGAACACGAAGACGAUCGUAAGCCGGCCGCCAGCUUGCCGUCUCCUCCACCUGUCCCUAGCAGAGUGCCGACAAUUCCCGAGCCAGAUGAUGCUGAUGGUGAGCAAGGCGAGAGCGACGACAAUGCUACCCCAGGUCCUGCCUCUCGCUCAGAGGCAUCACGCGCUCCCCCGGUUUCUGGCAAUCGCCCUGCACCGCCGCCCGUGCCUUCAGAGCGUGAGCAACCUUAUCGUCAAAGGCCGCAGUUCUCUACUAACCUUUCUCUAGCACCACGCCCACCCGUCGCAACCCCUACACCGGCAAUCAAAUCUGCAACCGAGGGCUCUGAAUCGGACGACGAGCUCUCUGGUGGAAAGGAACAUGCCGAUGCUGGAUUAGCGCAAUCUCCGCGACUUCCGGUGCGAUCACCGCCGUUGUCCCCACGCUUCGAAGAGCCUCCAUCUGCGAACAAGCGAAACAGCCGACCGCCGCCCCCCAUCCCAAGCGUCGCAUCGUUGUUGCCCCCUGCUGCAGGCCGACCGCCUCCACCCCCACCCCCGGGUGGUUUAAGUCGUCAGUCGACUGCUGAUGUCCCGCCAAUUACACCAUCUAGACCUGUACCGGCAGGAGACGAGCCUGGUGAGGAAAGCACAGAAUACGAGGGCGAUUAUGACACGGAUAUUGCAUCUUCAGUCCCCCACAAGGACGCAUUGAAGGCCCAUGCUCGCGACUCCAGUGUGGAUGAUAGCUUACUUCAGUCACCCACAACCGAAGUCCCCCAGAGCCGCCCUCCCCCUGUUCCGCCGACUUCACCACCGCGCGCUCUUCCACCACCGGUACCCGCUAUUGCUCCGCCAGAGAACAAGCGACGAUCGGUUGAUGCACCUCGCGCGGCUCCGCCGCCGCCGCCGCCUCCGGCUACAGCCCCGUCCUCAGAUGACUACGAUCCUUUCAAUUAUACGUCCCCUACUAUAGCUGGAGGUUCAAGUAGGACGCCGAAGAUUGAAGAGGAAGCUUAUUCCGCAGAUGUUGCCUCUUCACCCGUUGCAACACCUACUGCUGAGCGACACCUUCCACUACCAAUUGGUGCGAGGACUGGCGGCCGGCAGUCCAUGGAAGGUACCCGCACAAGUACCAGCAACAGACGCUCCAUGGAUCUUCACAGACAGUCUCUAGAAUCUGGAUUCAUCGCCAAUGACGUUGAUUUGAGUAUCCAAAGUGGCUGGUGGAAGCAAGCCAAUCAACUACCGCCCGUGCUACAGGGCCGACGUGACAUCUUUUUCGAAUCAGAGGAAACUACAACCAAUAACCAAGGGUCCAAGACGGUCGUGACACGUGAAAUAUUCAUUCUGUACCAGGAUUACUCCCAGACUGUCCUUACUGUCCGAUUCAAUCCUUAUGAUCCUGCCGACGUGGAGCUAGAUCAGAAGCACGAAGGCCCUCCCCGCACACUGCGCCAGGACGAGAUGGAAGAUUUCCACGAUCGAUUCGGUCGACAAAUUGUUGAAGCCGCAGCCACGAAGAAAGACAGCGUCGUCGGCGACGGCUCACCGCAAGGCCUGGUUCUCGAGCUGCUCCGUCCCUUGAAGGGUGCUCUGUGGCCAGUGGGCUCCCGUGCGUACGGCGCCCUCGUAUACUCCAACAUGGCCAAUGCCUCGACGCAGCAGCACGAUAUUAUCCGCCCUGGAGACAUUGUGUCUUUCCGCAACAGCAAAUUUCAGGGCAAGCAUGGCGCCAUGCAUGCCAAGUACAGCGCCGAGGUAGGCAAGCCGGACCAUGUGGCCAUUGUGGCUGAGUGGGAUGGCACCAAGAAGAAGCUGCGCGCCUGGGAGCAGGGCCGCGAGAACAAAAAGGUCAAGUUGGAGAGCUACAAGCUGGACGACCUGCGCAGCGGCGAGGUCAAGGUAUGGCGUGUCGUGGCGCGCAACUGGGUGGGGUGGAACAGCCAGCCUUAG